AUGCAUGCCGUAGCGACAAACGCAGCUAAAUCUGAGCAGCUGCGUGAUGGUGUAACCGCAUGUGACGCAUUCAGGUUUAUUUUUGCUGCAUCGCAUCGUUCAAAUUUCCCUCUUGGCACCGGAGACAACAAGUCUAUACCUCCGGCGGGCGUCGCAAUCGUUACAAAGCGCGUCGGUCUGCAUCGUCUGACAUGCGCACUACGGCUGUCUGCUCAUUCGGCUGCGAGGGAAGUGAGGAGAACCGACGCUGCACACCGGCGAGUAGCACCGCUCCGCCGCACCACCCGCGCCGCAGUCCUCCCGCCGCGCCGGUUCUGUGCGCUCCACACUAACCGCAUCAUGGUAAUGGACAACCGCACGAAUGAAGAAAACAAAAACGAACAACACUCAGACAUAUUUAUUACCAAUUUUCAAAAUGGCGAGUCGGUUAAUUAUUCUCUUGUUCUUAUUAAAGGAUUAAUAACAUCUGGAAUUUGCAGUAAUAAAGAUAAAAUAAAAUGUACAGUUUCUAAUAACGGAAAUGAGAAUGAAACACAUUGGGAAGUGUACAACAGAGAGUUUAAAACAAUAAUUGAACUCAAAAAAGGCGAGAAUAUUAUUGAUUUCCUUUACACUAAUCAUCAAAAGAAAACACUACUACUAGACUAUGAACCGAGGAAGACUAAUCUUAAAGUUACUCCUGUGUACAUAAUUUGCCAGGGACACGACGGCUGUUUUCAAAGUCCACCUGAAGUUGACAAUUCUAUAGAAAGCGCUUGUACGCGAAUAUCUAUCGGUGCAAAAUUAAUACAAAGCGUGACAGCUGAAAAACUGUUUGAGAGUGGAUUUGGAAGAAAAACAUUUCAACUUGAACAUGAAGUCAAUCAAAAGAGACCAGAAUGCAUUGUUUUUCGAAGUAGCUUAAAUGUAAAUAAAGCCAGAAAAAUGAGGCAAAGUGAGCUUUGGACGCAUUUUGGUAGAGAAAUUAUGCUUUCUGAUUUAGGAAGUAAUGAGAGAAAAUAUCUUGCUUUUAUUUCAUGUACAAGAUAUAAAGGCACAGAUGUAGAUAAACCUAUGACGCAUGAUGAAAUUGUUUCUAUAACUGAAGCGUACGCAGCAUUAGGCGGAGGAGGCUUAGCAUUAUUUGGCACAGCUUGUUUGUAUACAUGGCCUACUUCUGUGGAGGAAAUAGUACCAAGAUUCUUAGACGUUACCGCUGUCAAUUCACGUCGUUUUAUGGAUGACAGUGGAUAUAGAGGGACCCUAGGCGGAUGCUAUGCUACCACAUUAGGUUCUGUAUUUCACGAACUUGGUCAUACAUUUGAUCUUGGUCAUACAAAAGAUGGCAUAAUGGGAAGAGGCUUUGAUAAUAUUGAUCGCGUAUUUCUAGUAGGAGAUAAGAGAUCGUCACUUGUAAAAGAUAAUAUGAACAAUUACAAUGGAAAACCAGUGCAACAUUCUACUGUUUCUCUUCAGCGUAAUAUAAAUGUAACGAUGAAUGUAGCAGAGCCAUUAAGAGUUUUAGGUCCGCGAAGUAAAACCACAUUAGGUAAUUUUGCUUCUAUGUCAAAAUCUGACAUCGUAAGACGAAGUCCCAAUGUAACACCUAUAACAAGACCAUCGAGUGUUUAUUCAACUAUAACGAACAAACUUUCGGACUCUAAGAAAGCUCUCAAUAGAACUAACAAUAAUGAUUCUAUUUAUUGGACAAGGAAUUGUGCUGUUCUAUUAUCGUAUCAUCGAUGGUUUAAUAAUGAGUAUGGUAGGGAGAGGCAAGCCAUCACCCGAUACUUAAAGUUCGAUAAAAACAAAAUGAUGAUAAUAUCUACUGCAGGUAUACGCAUUGUUGAAGUGAGGGAUGAAUCUAAUGGCAUGGUUUUAGAUUCGUAUGAAUUUACAAAUCUACUCCCAGAAAAGAGAUUUUUAGUGCCGUUUACCUUUUCACCCAAAAGUAAAGUGUUAACUAUAGUAGUGGAAGACGAUUUAGGUAAUGUUUUAAAACAAACAUUUUCCUAU